CUUGAGACGUGUUGUUCGUGUUUAUUUUUUGUUAUUUUUCUCAUUUCACGUUAAAAAUAAAAUUUAAAAACAUCAAAUUAUCGCGAAAAACAAACAAAAUUACGAUAAAUACCAUUAAAACUCGUUAAAUAUGCGAUUUUAGGAAAAUUUCUAAUUCUACGUAGCAGAAAAAAGUGAAGGAGAAACAAAAACAACAACAAAACCCAUUACCACUAAUGCGAUUAGAAUCAAAACAAGCAACGACAACAACAUUGAUGACUUCAAAUUCGACGACUAGACGAAGCUGAUCUCUUCUACAAAGUACCGUUCACAAAAGAACAUGAACAUGGAGGUAUUGCGGAUCUUUUCGUUGCUCUCCGUGUUCUUUUUGGCUAAUGGAGUGCUGGCACAAUCCGAGACAACGACUGUUGCACCAAAUAAAUACGUUUGCGCUGUUCGAGGACAUUGCUAUCGACCGGUAUCUCAUUGGUUUUUGUGUGUGGAUAAUAAGGAAGCACGAGCUGGAGAGCUUACGGAAGAGGCAGAUGCGAUUUUGAAGAAACGGUGUCCGGAAAUUUAUCAUGGAAAUGACACACCUGUUUGCUGUACCUCAGACCAAGUCCUCGAAAUGGACCAAAGUUUCAAAUUAGCUGAACAAAUGUUCGGGCGAUGUCAAACGUGCACCCAAAACAUGCUAAAAUCCAUCUGCGCCUUCUCUUGCUCCGCCGAACAAAGCAAAUUCGUCUCCGUAAAGCAAUCCGACAUGCACGAAGGCAAAGAAUACGCCAUCGAGGUCGAAGUUCGUCUCGAACCGGAAUACAUGGAAGCCACUUACGAGAGUUGCGUCGGCGUUGUAAGCCCUGCAACCGGCACUCGCGUCAUGGGAAUCGCUUGUGGCGGAAAUACCGUCGAAACGUGCGACGCCCACAAAUGGUACGAAUACAUGGGAAACCCCGAUGAGAACCCUUUCACGCCAUUCCGCAUGACUUAUCCGAAAAAAGUCGACCCGGAAGCGAGUUUUAAUUAUCCCGUGAAGGGAUGCAACGAAACUUAUCCAGGGCACUUUCCUUGCUCGUGCGUCGAUUGUCACGAUUCCUGCCCAAAAGGCAACGAACCGCAACCAGAAGUGCCCGUUUUUCACGUUGGACCGUUUAAUGGACCUGCUUUCGUUGUCGCCAUUGUCCUUGGAGCGGUUUUAUUUUUGCUCGUUAUUUACGGCGUCACUUGCGGAAAAGAUAAAACCCCAAAAGAACUCAAUUUUGGCGGAUUUGUCGCGAUCGACAUCAUGUUUGCACGAUUUUUCACCAAAUGGGGACAAUGGGUAGCUUCUCACCCGAUUCUUGUGUUGAUGCUUUUCUCUUGGCUGCUUAUCGGUUUGGGAUAUGGCGCGACAAAAAUCAUCAUUGUCACAGAUCCCGUUGAACUUUGGGCGGCGCCUCAUAGUCGUUCGCGUCUCGAAAAGGAUUAUUUCGAUUCGCGUUUCGGGCCGUUUUAUCGCACGGAACAAAUUUUCAUCAAGCCCAAGGAUCAAAGUUUGAUUCAUCACGCGACGCCAAACGGAAAUUUGACAUUCGGACCGGCUUUUAACAAAACUUUUUUGCUCGAAGUUUUUGCCUUGCAAGAUGCGUUGACGGCAUUGGGAAGCAGUACGGGCGAAGGAUUGGAAAAAGUUUGUUAUGCGCCCGUGACGCAAGUGGGAAAAACGACAAAACGCGAUGAUUGUGUCGUGCAAUCGUUGUUCGGGUACUUCCAGAAUGAUUAUGAUACGUUUAAUGAAGAAGACGAGGACGACGAUGGUUUUGUUACGAAUUAUCUCAAUACGAUGGACACGUGCAUGAAAAACCCUUACGACCCAUCAUGCCUUUCUGUGUGGGGAGGUCCAUCAGAGCCUGAACUCGUCGCUGGAGGAUUCGCCAAACCCGAAAAUGGAAAAUCAAUCGACUUCAAAACCGCAACUGGCGUUGUCCUUACCUUCGUUGUGCAAAAUCACUUGAACAAAACUGCCUUGGAACCUGCAAUGAAAUGGGAAAAACUUUUCGUUGAACAUUUGGAGAAUUACACAAGCGAGCUAUUCGAUUUUGCGUACAAUUCUGAGCGUUCCAUCGAAGAUGGCAUCCAAGACAUGUCAAAGGCGGAGUCUUACACUGUGAUAAUCAGCUAUGCUGUUAUGUUUUUGUAUAUUAUGUUCGCACUCGGACGUAUUCGUAGCUUAAAAACAUUUUUCUUAGAAUCUAAGGUAACUUUAGCUCUCGGCGGCAUCGUGAUCGUUCUGGCGUCAGUUCUUUGCAGUUUGGGCAUUUUCGGGUACAUUGGACUCUCAACGACGAUGUUGACGAUCGAAGUUAUCCCAUUUUUGGUGCUUGCAGUGGGCGUUGACAACAUUUUCAUCCUCGUUCACACGUACAAUCGCCUCGAUAAACGUCAAUAUGAGGAUAUUUCGCACGGAUUGGGUGUCGCUUUGGGUCAAGUUGGUCCCUCGAUCCUCUUGACGAGCGCUUCGGAGUGUUUCUGCUUCGGAAUUGGCGCCUUAUCGGACAUGCCGGCGGUGAAAACGUUCGCUUAUUACGCAACAGUGGCAAUUUUCUUGGAUUUUCUCUUCCAAAUCACGGCUUUCUUGGCACUGAUGUGUCUCGAUGAGAAACGGGUCCGAUCGCAACGUGUCGACUUGUUCUGCUGCGUCAAAACGAAGGAAAAACCAAACACGGAAGCAACGCACGGAGUACUUCACAAGAUUUUUGACAUGAUGUAUACGCCAUUUUUGCUCUUGAAACCCGUGCGAUAUUGCGUCGUUGUGAUUUUCACGAUUUGGACUUGUUUCUCGAUUAUGGUUGUGCCUUCCAUUGAACCGGGACUCGAUCAGAGCUUGUCCAUGCCGAAAGACUCGCAUAUCGUCAAGUAUUUCAAAUAUAUGGAGGAUUUGUUCAGCAUGGGACCUCCAGUUUAUUUUGUCGUGAAAAAUGGAUUGGAUUUCUCGAAUGAAAAUGAUCAGAAUUUGAUUUGUGGCGGAAUUAAAUGCAAUAAUGACUCUUUGAACACGUUGAUUUAUGCAGCGUCGGAAUAUUCGAACAUAACGGCAAUUGCUCGUCCCUCAUCAUCUUGGCUUGAUGACUUCUUUGAUUGGGUCGCAGCUGAUGGUUGUUGCAAACAGACUGACGAUGGAAAAUUCUGUCCCAGCGAGAAUUAUACUUGUGAACGUUGCUCCAAAUCCUACGACAAAGACAAUAUCCGUCCCUCGCUCGAUACUUUCAACAAAUAUAUCCCAUUUUACCUCUUUGAUUUACCAACAACGUCUUGUGCGAAGGGAGGACGAGCUGCCUAUGCUGCCGGAGUCAAUUACAUCUUGGAUAAAAACGGAAAUCCUCACGUUAACGACUCGUAUUUCAUGUCUUAUCACACAACGGUGAUCACUUCGAAGGAAUUUUACACGGCACUGAAGCAAGCAAGACUCUUGAGUGACGAUUUGAACAAAAUGUUCGAGAAACACGACAAAAAUGUGACAGUUUUCCCGUAUUCUGUGUUUUAUGUGUAUUAUGAGCAGUAUUUGACGAUAUGGGAAGACUCGGCAUUGUCCAUUGGAUUGUCACUUUUGGCCAUUUUUGUGGUGACUUUUGUCGUUACGGGCUUGGAUUUUGUCUCAGCUGUCACGGUUCUUGUGAUGGUAACUCUCAUUGUCAUCAAUAUGGGCGGCAUGAUGUGGAUGUGGAAUAUUUCUUUGAAUGCUGUGUCGUUAGUUAACCUCGUUGUGUGCGUUGGCAUCGGCGUCGAAUUCGUCUCCCACACAGUUCGCUCCUACACGCAAUGCGUUGGAACGUCCCUCGAACGAGCUGCUCAUGCCCUCACCAACACCGGAAGUAGCGUCUUAUCCGGCAUCACGUUGACCAAAUUUGCCGGAAUUGUCGUUCUCGCCUUCGCCAAAUCGCAAAUUUUCCAAAUCUUCUAUUUCCGCAUGUAUUUGGGCAUUGUGCUGAUUGGCGGAGCGCAUGGCUUGAUUUUACUGCCAGUUGUACUUAGUUUCGUGGGACCGCGAUCAAAAGUGCGUGACAAUGCCGACAAAAUAAUGGCAAGCUCGCAAUCCAUCCAGACGAUUCAGUCGACGCAAACAACGGUCGAGUUACCGUCGCCCUUUGGCUCGAUAGCGGAUGUCAAUGGAGACGAUCGUGUGAGACUUUAAACUUUAGGGCUUUGUAAAUUUUGUAAUUUUAUGCUAGGAAUUAUUUUAUUAAUCAAAAUACAU